AUGGCCCUGUUCAGCUCGGGUGUACCGCUGCAAGGAGGAGGGGUGGGCCUGCAGAUUCUCCUGGCCGCCAGCUCAUCGUCGAUCGUCAUCCGAGCUGCCAAUCUGGUGGUGGGCGUGGGCUUUCCAGUCUUCCGCUCGUUCAAGGCCAUUGAGGAGGGCUCUCAGGCGGACCGCAACAGAUGCCUCGCGUACUGGUCGGCACAUCAAGCUGCUCCUGCUGCUCUGCCUGCAUGUGCACUGGCACCAGCUUACACUGCCCUCUUCCCAUCCCACGCCCCUUUCCCGCCUAGGCUGCCCUUCUAUCAGCACAUCAAGCUGCUCCUCUUGCUCUGGCUGUCACAUCAAGCUGCUCCUGCUGCUCUGGCUGCAGCUGCCCUCCACCUCCUCCUCCCGCCCAGCCACGGUAAUCAACCCCACUCCUCUCUCUCCUCUGUCCUCUCGCUUUUGAGGCGCCUCAAAACCGGCGGACACACGGCCAGCCGUCAGUGUGUACCUGCGCCGCGCCUCGCAGCUCUCAUGAGCAUGGAAGGCUCGAAUCAGCGAUCGCCUGAACUACAAGAGCCACGUGGGAGUCUCUUCCGUGUAGGAGCCACGUGGAUCCGCGCGGGAGGCACGGUCGUCACCGGGCCUGCCAUGCUGCCGAGCCUGCCAUGCUGCCGAGCCUCCCGUUGUGCGGUCGCCCGUCCUCGUCCUCCGUGCCUGAUGGUGGGGCCGUGGUGUCAUGACGUGACGUCAUCAUCAUCACAUGUACAGCUGCCGUCUGCAGCGCCAAGAAAGCAUGAACUGCCACGCUUCACGUGUGUUGAUCUCUGCAGUGUGGGUAGCAGUACCCACGCGUGA